CUUUAAUGAGGCCACAUUUCUGUUAACAUUUCUCUUACCAGCUCCAGCCAGCCCUGGAGAGCACACAGCAGAGCCAGGCUGUCAUCUCUGCCUUCUGGAGGACAUUCCUUAUGGCUUUAAAACAGAGGGAGAGUGGGCAAAAAAACAAUUGUGGUUCUCAUGGUGGCUCAUAAGAGAAAUUGUGGUUCUCAUGGUGGCUCUCACAUCUGAAAACACUGUGUGAAAACUUCUUCUUUCUGUCAGGUUAUAAACUUAAACUUAUUCAGGAAUAAGUUUAUUUGGAUGGGGAGGGACUGCCCUUACAAAGACACAUGCUAGCCAAGUGUCACAUCUGACCCACGUGAGGUGGAGGCAUAGUCAUCCUCAUGGUCUGAAGUGUCAGCAUGGACAGAGCAUGGUUGGAGAGAUAAGGCUUACAGGGUUAAGAAGUGUUAAAAACGUGAGAGAAGCCACUAAUCACAGGAACUGGAGAGGUGGGGAUCCCAUUCAGUGUGCUCACACAGGGCUCUCCUUUACACAUAAAUUCUCAGGCCAGAUCUAGCACCAGCCAAGCUGUCAUUGAAGCCAAUGGACCUUUUUGGCUGGUUCCUCCAGCUGCAGAUCCAGUUUGCUGGCUCUUUGUCAGUUUUGUGCCAUGGUCUCUGUUUGUCUUUAUAUCCUGAGCAUGUCAUUAGCUGUCAGGGCUAUGAUCUGGUCUCUGUCGCAUUGGAGUGAAUCCAGCCUAGCACCAGCAUCUUGACCUUGAGUAGACAGCACGCACCUGAGCUCAGAGCAUGUCCCCAGAGAUGGCAGCAGGCAGGACAGUAAUGGUCCUACUGCUUCCCCCAAACAGGGACAAGGGAUUUGUCAUGGACAACACUCUGGAGACCAGCCAGCAAAAGGACAAGCUUCGGAAAACCAUCUACACCCUGCAGCUGAAGUCAAGUGCCACGCUGCAGGCAGCCAGCCCGCUGCUGAGCAGCCAGCGUGGCAUGGGCAUGGUGACACAGCACCACGUCCACCAGCUGGUGGAUAAGGCCAAAAGCCUGUGUGGAGAUCUGGACAACAUUAAGAACCUCCUCCACUAUUGCCAGGAUAACCUGGUCCGGAAGAUCCCCAACCCCACUGGCAGCCGCUAUGGGGGAGUAUGUGGAAUCCACUGCUCCCUGGAUGGCUCCAUCUACGUGACAGCCGAAAGUGCUCCCUGGGUCCAUGUCCUCAGCAGCACAGGCCAAACACUGCAGUCCCUGCCCUGCCAACAAACGGGGAUGGAAAGUGGCACUUUCUUGCCAGAAGAUGUGACCGUGACUCGGACAGGAAGGGUGGCUGUGGCUGACAUGAUGAAUAGAGCCAUCUGGGUUUUCAACUCUCACACCAGCCUCUCCAAGAGGGAAUGGAUAAAGAUCAGAAAGGUUGGUUCCCCCAGGGGUAUUGCAGUAGACUCCAUGGGCAGGAUCUUGGUAGCAGACUAUGCACAAAGCCAAGUCCACAGCUUUGCUCUGGACCACGCCUUCAAGACGCUCAACAUCCACUCAGUGUCCAACCUGCAGGGACCUCGCUACGUCAGUCCAGCGCCCAAUGGAGGCUUCGUGGUCAGUGAGGAGUGUGGAGACGUCAAGGUCUUCACCAGCAGCUAUAAGCUCCUCUACUCCCUCAGCAGCAAAUACGGACACCGGUUUGGUAACCCAGCUGGGGUCUGCGUUGAUGUGGCUGGCAGCAUCCUGGUGGCAGAUGAGCAGCUCCGGACAGUCCAUUUGUUCCCAGAGCACGGAGCUCCUGUCUGCCUGGUGUCCACGAGGCUGCGGAGGCCGGCUGGUGUGGCUUGCUCCUCCUUUGGCCACCUCUUUGUGGCAGACACAGGGGAGAACUGUGUCAAAGUCUUUAAGUACUGUGUGAGGCCCCCGUACAGGCCCACCAACCCUGGGGCACCAUGUGGUGAUCCCAUCCUGACACCCAGAUGCUGAGCUUUGGGUCUGCUGGUGGGCAGUGAGCUCCACUGCUCCCACAGCUGGGCAUCAUCUCCAUUCUUACAGAAUCAUGGAAUGGUUUGGGUUGGAAGGGACCUUCAAAGCUCAUCUAGUCCAACCCUCUGCAAUGAGCAAGGACAUACUCAACUAGACCACGUUGCUCAGAACCACAUCCAGCCUGGUUUUCAAUGUCUCCAGGGAUAGUGCAUCUACUUGACUGCCUUAUUGCCCUCCAGCUUCUCCAGAUGACAGAAGCAAGGACUAGAUCAGCUCUGAGUUUCUUGGAUCCACCAGCAUAGCUCAAGGAGGACUCGAGUGGGACUCAGAAUUGGCCAGGUGUUUUGGUGUCUUGGCAAACUCAUUAGCACCAUGCCUUUGUGUGGUUUUGCAAAGCUAAUAUAACUAUUUCUCUUC